CUUCGAUCAUCGACAGCCAUGUGGCACAAGAGUAUGUACGGGUUCAACGUCACCCAGCAGACCUUCAAUUAUGACAACCGCCCCGUCACUCCCCUCGUCGACUAUACGUUUGAUCAGUGGUGGUUCCACGGCUUCCUCGGCUACCCGCCCAAUCCGGGCGAUGCCUUUGAGCUCCCCGCAGGGCAGACCGUCAACACCGAGCUUUCCUGCGACAAAGGCGCCACCUCAUGGUACGCGUCCUCCUCCGGCGGCGAUGCUGGCUACGGCUCCAACUGGCCCUGCCCGGGGCAGCCGUCCUCGCAGUUCCAUACGACAGGCGAGGAGGACGUGCGCGGGUGCGCGCUUGCGAUUGCGUACAAGCCGGAUGCGAACGACGUGCAGCCCGAUGACUUUGUGGUUUUCAGCGUGAACCACACCUGCGUGUGGAACCUUAACACCGCGUUCGACGUCCCUGCUGACAUGCCCUCGUGUCCGGACGGCGGCUGCACGUGCGCAUGGUUCUGGAUUCACUCCGAUAAGAGCGGUGCGGAGCAGAUGUACAUGAACGGCUUCCACUGCGACGUCACCGGCGCGACGAGCACGACUCCCAUUGGCACGCCCAUGCUGCCCAGGCGAUGCGGAGAGGAUUCCGAUUUCAACGAAGCCGCCAACCCCGGCAACUGCACGAUCGGGCCCAAAUACCCCAUGUACUGGAUGCAAGCCGAGCAGAACAACAUGUUCGAGGGGUACUACAUGCCGCCCGCAUACAACGACAUCUAUGGCUACCACGACGGCCCGCAGGACGAUAUCUUCCAGGACGCAUACAUCUCCUCGCUCGGUCCAAGCGCUACCGCCGCAGCACGCCGCGAGGUCCCCGACGUCGCCCCCACGCCCGCGCCGGGCAUGGUGAGACGGCACAGGCGCCAUUCCAAGCACGACCAUGGCCACUGAACGCAGGACGACACGACCUCGUAAAUGGAGACACUAUACGUAUUCGAAGUAUAGACGCACGCAUAUAUCCCCUUGCGGGCUCGACGCCCGGCACCCGUGUGGCCCUGUGGGCCCACCUCAGUCCUUUGUGUCAUAGCCUUUUGGUUGACAAAUCGUUUAUCUUUAUAACUUGUGCUUGCUAGUCCUCUUCCUCGUCCUCGCUGCGUACGU